GCGGGAGCGCGCAUGUGCGCAGCGCGGCGCAGCCUGCGCUGCCCGGACCCCGCGCCCGCGCCCGCGCCCCGGCCCGGCCCGGCCCGGCCCGGCCGCAGCCCCACUGGGCGCCGCAGAGAUGACUGAUCCCUUCUGUGUUGGAGGAGGCCGCCGGCUCCAGGGGUCCAGCAAAAGUGGACCUGGAAAGGGUAGCAGCCGAAAAGAGGUUCAGCUUCCCAUGUUGCAGGACCCUCCGAAGCUGGGGAUGCCAGUGGUCCACAGUGGACAGACAGUGCCUGGCCAAGCCCCACUCUGCUUUGACCCAGGAAGUCCAGCCAGUGACCGGACAGAAGGAAAGAAAAAGGGGCGGCCGAAAGCUGAGAACCAGGCCCUCCGAGACAUUCCUCUCUCCCUUAUGAACCAAUGGAAGGAUGAGUUCAAGGCACACUCAAGGGUGAAGUGUCCAAACUCAGGGUGCUGGCUGGAGUUCCCCAGCAUCUACGGGCUCAAGUACCAUUACCAACGGUGCCAAGGGGUAAGAGGCUGUGGGUUGGGGAAGAGGUGUCUUGGGGAUAUGGCUGGGCAGAGGCUUCUGGGGCCCCCUCCCACACUUGCUCUCCCUGCCCAGGGUGCCAUUUCAGAUAGGCUGGCCUUCCCUUGCCCCUUCUGUGAGGCCGCAUUCACUUCUAAGACUCAGCUGGAAAAACACCGGAUUUGGAAUCACAUGGAUCAUCCCCUGCCUACUCCGAAGCCAGGCCCAGUCAGCCGACCAGUGACCAUCAGCCGGCCUGUUGGAGUCAGCAAGCCCAUUGGAGUGAGCAAACCGGUCACCAUUGGAAAGCCAGUGGGAGUCAGCAAGCCCAUUGGCAUCAGCAAGCCUGUCACAGUCACCAGGCCCAUACCAGUUACCAAGGCCAUGCCAGUCACCAGGCCUGUGCCACUCACCAAGCCCAUUCCAGUCACCAAACCUGUGCCAGUCACCAAAUCCAUGCCAGUCACCAAGCUUGUGACAGUUACGAAACCUGUGCCCGUCAACAAGCCAAUGCCAGUGAGCAGACCCAUUGUGGUCAGCAAGCCAGUACCAGUCAACAGGCCUGUUGCCAUCAGCAGACACACACCGCCCUGCAAAAUGGUGCUGCUGACCAAGUCUGAGAACAAAGUGCCACGUGCCACAGGGAAGAGCAGCAGUAAGAAAAGGGCUGCAGACAGCCUGGACACCUUCCCCAUCCCACCCAAGCAGGCCAGGCCCGAAAAUGGAGAGUAUGGUCCAUCUACCACAGGCCAGAGUGCGGCCUUCCAGCUGAGCACGAACCCCAGCAAUAGCUCCCUGCUGCUGGGAAGCAGACCCUCAAUGGGAAAGGAGGUGCUGAGGCCCACAGGCCCUGUGUCCCUGCCUGAGGAAGACCCAGAGCGCACAAAACACAGAAGGAAACAAAAGACACCCAAGAAGUUUACAGGGGAGCAGCCAUCCAUCUCAGGGACCUUUGGGCUCAAAGGCCUAGUCAAAGCGGAGGACAAAGCCCGAGUUCACCGAUCCAAGAAGCUGGAGGGGCCAGGCCCUGAGGAUAUGCGCAAGAAGGUGCCGGCUACCUCCAUCCCUGUCAGCAAGGAGAUACCAACUCCAGUGACCCAUCCUGCCCCAGGUGGCCCUGAGGAGCAGUGGCAGCGAGCCAUCCAUGAGCGAGGGGAGGCUAUCUGCCCCACUUGCAAUGUGGUAACCCGGAAGACACUGGUGGGACUUAAGAAGCACAUGGAGGUGUGUCAAAAGCUGCAAGAUGCUCUCAAGUGCCAGCAUUGUCGGAAGCAGUUCAAGUCCAAGGCUGGCCUCAACUACCACACCAUGGCCGAGCACAGUGCCAAGCCUACUGAUGCUGAAGCUUCCGAGGGGAGCGAACAGGAAGAGCGAGAGCGGCUGCGCAAGGUGCUGAAGCAGAUGGGUCGGCUUCGCUGUCCCCAGGAGGGCUGCGGGGCCGCCUUCUCCAGCCUCAUGGGCUAUCAGUACCAUCAGCGGCGCUGCGGGAAGCCACCCUGUGAGGUGGACAGCCCCUCCUUCCCCUGCACCCACUGUGGCAAGACCUACCGCUCCAAGGCAGGUCAUGACUACCACGUGCGCUCAGAGCACACAGCCCCGCCCCCUGAGGAAUCCAUGGACAAGACCUCUGAGGCAGAGGACCUACUGGGUGUGGAAAGGACCCCAAGCGGUCGUAUUCGCCGCACAUCGGCCCAGGUUGCCGUGUUUCACUUGCAGGAGAUUGCAGAGGAUGAGCUGGCCCGUGACUGGACCAAGCGGCGAAUGAAGGACGACCUUGUGCCUGAGUCUGCACGGCUCAACUACACUCGGCCAGGCCUCCCUGCACUCAACCCACAGCUGCUGGAAGUGUGGAAGAACGAAGUCAAAGAGAAAGGCCAUGUGAACUGCCCCAAUGAUUGCUGCGAAGCCAUCUACUCCAGUGUGUCUGGUCUCAAGGCCCAUCUUGCCAGCUGCAGCAAGGGGGACCACCUAGUAGGGAAGUACCACUGCCUGCUGUGUCCCAAAGAAUUCAGCUCUGAGAGUGGUGUCAAGUACCACAUCCUCAAGACUCAUGCCGAGAACUGGUUCCGGACCUCAGCAGAUCCACCUCCCAAACAUAGGAGCCAGGACUCCUUAUCGCCCAGGAGAGAAAAGAAGAAAAGUCUGGUGGGCGGGAAGAAGCGGGGCCGAAAGCCCAAGGAACGGCCCCCUGAGGAGCCAGUGCCCAAGCUGCCCCCACGCCGAGAUGACUGGUCCCUGGGAGGCAGAGACAAGGGGGCUCGGGGCUCCACUGGGCGGAAGGUGGGGGCUGGCAAGACAACUGAAAAGUGAACCUAGUCAGUAGGGCCCAGCCCCCAUGCAGGCUACCAAGCCCCACUCUGUCCAGUUCAAAGGAACCAGCUGUAGACCUCCCGACCUCCAUCCAUCCCCCACCAUCUGUCCAGCGGGAAUGGCCAGCAACUCUUCCCUUCUCCUAUUCAGGCUGCUUGGGACUCACUUGCAGUGGUCUCUCCCAGGGUGCCAGGGCAGGAGCAGAAGUGCAAUAGCUGAGAGCCAGCCCUUUCUGGGAGUACAUUCACAGGCCUGGCAGGGGAAGGGGCCUUGGUGCCACUGGUGAUGCAGUGCAGUCAUCACAGUCCUUUGGCCCCUGUCUCUACUUCCUCAGGCCCAGCUAUGUCCCUACCCUGGCUCUCCAAGCCUCCCAGUGAGUGACCUCUGGCUCUGGGCUGAUGAGAGCACUUGAGCAGCUUCAGCUGCUACCAUCUGGGCCUCACCUCUACCUGACACUGGAACUCCAGUACCCCAGCUACCUCCCAGGACAGACCCCGUCUGACCACUGCCAUGUUGACCUGAUUCCACCUGGCUGCCGUAGUCUACCCACUCUGGUUCCUCUGCUUCUGUUUUCUACCUCUGUGGGCCUGUUCUUCCCACCCACACCCCAGCCCCCGUCCCUCAUCUAAGAUCUAUGUCAUCCCUGCUGUGCUUCCGGGCCCACCCCAUUGACCUGUGUGUAAUUGUGAUGGAGCUUUCCUGCAUGGUCCUCAGCAGUUCCUGCUGGGGGUGAGGGAAGGACUCUACUUCACUGGCAGGGUGGCAGGGGCUGGAGGCCGAGGCACAUAGAGGAAGGCUGGCCUGUCUGCCUGUGGCCUGUGGCCUGGAGUUGUCUCCCUGGGGCCAGGGCUGGGCAAAAGAGGCUCAGCUAUAAGGAGUCACCCCUAGGAGACAGCCUCCAUCUACCAGGCAGGACUGGCCCAGAGGCUGAGCUCCUGUGGAAGUCAUCCUGCCUUUCCCUUUACCUGCUCCUGUGUAUCUGGUGGCAUGGUCAUUUGAUGUAGGAACUGAAGGCCAGUGAGUGAAGGGGCCAUGAACAUGGUGGCAGCUCCAGGGCUGUGUCUUGCCCUUUGGGGCUCUGAGGACAGGAGGAUCUGGAGGUUGAGCAACAGGCAGGGACCCCAGGGUUCCUGGAGGAGGUGUCGGUACAGCCUCUGGCUGCCUCCCUUGCCACACCUUCCAACACUGGUACAGGGAGGAAGAUGCUUAGAGGAACUCAGACUGAGACCAUCUUCCAGUGGGGGGUGGGGGUGGGCUGAAGGCUCAGCCUCGCUGACCCUGGAUGAUGUGAAUUUGAUAUUUGCCUGUGUGCGUGUCCCCUGGGUGUAGUGGAUGCCAGUCUUGUUGCUGUGACAAGUAACAACUUUUUUAAAUUCUGUUUUUUAUACAAAAAUUCACAACAAUCUGACAUUUGGUGCUAAGGGUUUCCUGGUGCCGAAGGUGGGCCUAAGCUGGGCCGACUGUGGCCAGACCCCUGCUGUCCAGGGGGCUGUAUUGACUGGGUACCUCUUCUCCCAGCAGGGGCGGAGGAAUCUCCUUGGGUCAUCUCAGCCUACUGUAGGGAGAGCAGCUCCAGAGUGCUUGGGGAGUGUUGUGCUCUUCCUGUCUGUGAAGGCUGACUGGACAGCACAAAGUGGGGUGUAGAGAGUGUAUAUUAGCCCUCCACACACCUUGGUCCUGUUCAGGGCAUGGCAGCUAGGCAGAAAUAGGUAUGGGCCAGCAUCAAAGAGUAGGCUGGGACUUUGGGGCAGGAGGGCUGGUGUAUAAGUAUUCUGAGUGCUGCAGUGGUGUGCAGCUGUAGAGGGAAGGCUCUGGUGCACUUAGCCCUUGUUACCUAUGGUGAAGGUGGUUAAACCCCGACACCUUUCUGCAGGGUUUGGUUGCCAGCCCCAGCCUCUCAGGUACUUGGCACUUGAAGGGAGGAGGCUGGCCUAUUUUUUGCUGGGGGGUGAGAUUCUAGGACUCCUCUCAAAGCUCACAGGUAGUUCCUGGUAUGGGAAAUGGGGGUCCUGGAUAACUUGAUGUUUAGCACUUUAACUCCCUUGUCUUUGAAGUGGGCCUGGGUGGUGCUGCCACAAGUGGCUAUUGGGUCGGAUCCCUCCCUCUUUCCCUCCUUCCCUCUGACACUAGCUGAUGAGGGGCAGUGUUAAGAUGGUCUAUAGAGUCCUCUGCCCAGAGGGUAGGGCCCUGGGCACGUUCUGCCCUUAUCCCAAUCAGGGCCCAGUGACCACUGACCUCUAUAGACAGGCUCAGUAAGAGGGACCAGUGUGGUAGACCCCCAGGGUCUGAUGAGCAUGGACCUUGGCAAAAUGAGACAGUUGAGGUCUCUGCAGAUCUACCUCUGGCUCAGUGCAAGCCCUGCCCGAACAGAAAAGUGCCCCAGGGACUGAUACUCAACACAAAAAUGGGAUACACUAUUUGCCUCUGCACAGGCAGAUGAAGGUGUGUCCUAGGUUCCGGAGGGCCUCCCUAUCCCUUUAGUGGUUCUAAAGGGAAACUUUGGGAGGAGACAGGUGUCCCUGCGAGGCCUUGGUGGGUGGGCCCAGGCAGCUUGCUUUGAGUCUGGGUUCAGGAGGGUUGGUGAGUUACCCCUUCUGCCUAAAGGCCAUGCGUCCUAAAUUUUAGGUAUCUUGUUUUUUUGUUUUUGUUUUUUUUUUUAACGCAGUUCUCAGUACACAAGUGCAUUUUGAAAGACCGGUUCCAGCUAUCACUUGUAACUAUAUAUACACACAUAUAUAUUCUAUCUACGAAGUGUUUAUUUGCAAGAUGUUUUGACAGUGAGCUUGGGCCUUGCCCGCCUCGUGACCAUCUGUCCCCAUCCUCAGCUCGGCCCUGCCCUGACCCCUGGACCGGAGGGGGGGGCAGGCCAUUAACUGUAUGUAUUAGAAAUGACUGUAUCAAAUAAAUGUUUAUUGAUUUCUUUUCCA